UUUUUAUCACAAAUACAUUGAUCGGACCAAUCAAUUUUUUCUUGCAUACCAUACAAGAAGUUUCAGGCAAACACAUCUUUCUCUUUGAUUUCUUUUUUUUAUAUAUUUUAUGGCAGACUCAGAAGGUGCAACAAAUAACGAACUUCUUUUGGUUGCUGCCAAACAAGAUUCUGAAGAUAUUUUAGAAGAUAUUUUUUCUCAACCGGGAACUUAUGAUAUAAAUCAUAGUGAUGCUAUCGGAAAUACUGCACUUCAUUACGCAGCUCAUUUUGGUUCUUUAACUGCUGCUGAAUUACUUUUACAACAGCCGAAUAUUAAGGUUAAUUUGCAAAAUAAGUUGGAACUUGAUACACCACUUCAUAAGGCUGUACAAUAUAAAGAUGAUCCUUCUGUAGCCUUAGAAAUAGCAAAACUAUUGAUUAAGCAUGGGGCCGACCCAACUAAACAAAAUAAAAAUAAACAAAAACCCCAACAAUUAGUUGAUUCAGGAAAUCAAGAAUUAAAAAAUUUACUUCAAAAAGCUGCAUUAGCUUUACAAGUGGAUGCAAGUGAUAUUGCUCAGGAAGACUCUGAUGAUGGUUCACCAAGUGAUGUUAGUGAUGAUUAAUGUUAAAAAUUUUUAUUUAGUUAUAAUAUCUUCUCUUUAUAUCAACAUUAUAUCUUAGUUUGUAGAACUUUGCGGGCAUAAUUGCCUGCUAAAAUCAUCAUCUAUUUUUAAAUAGCUAUAGGUUCAAACUAUAUAUAUUAAUAAUAAAUUUUUAACUUAAUAAUUAUAAAUAAAGUUUGCCAUAGGCCAAAGUAAUACCAUUA